GGAGGAGGAGGAGGCGGCGGCGAGAAGAUGGCGACUUCGAACAAUCCGCGGAAAUUCAGCGAGAAGAUCGCGCUGCACAAUCAGAAGCAGGCGGAGGAGACGGCGGCCUUCGAGGAGGUCAUGAAAGACCUGAGCCUGACGCGGGCCGCGCGGCUGCAGCUUCAGAAGUCUCAGUACCUGCAGCUGGGCCCGAGCCGCGGCCAGUACUAUGGUGGGUCCUUGCCCAACGUAAACCAGAUCGGGAGCAGCGCUGCAGAUCUGCCCUUCCAGCCCAGCGGAUUUCUGGGGGAGGCCCUGGCGGCGGCUCCUGUCUCUCUGACGCCCUUCCAGUCCUCGGGCCUGGACACCAGCCGGACUACCCGACACCAUGGGCUGGUGGACAGAGUGUACCGUGAGCGUGGCCGCCUCGGGUCCCCACACCGCCGGCCCCUGUCGGUGGACAAGCAUGGACGGCAGGCUGACAGCUGCCCGUAUGGCACCGUGUACCUCUCGCCCCCCUCGGACAGCAGCUGGAGGAGGACCAACUCUGAUUCUGCCCUGCACCAGAGCACAAUGACGCCCACCCAGUUGGAGCCCUUCAUGGGGGGGUCUCAGGACACACACCAGAAGAGAGUCUUGCUGUUGACGGUCCCAGGGAUGGACGAGGCCACAUCAGAGGCAGACAAGACUUUGUCCAAGCCGACCUGGGAUGCCAAGAAGACAGGGUCCAGGCCCAAGUCCUGCGAGGUCCCAGGCAUCAACAUCUUCCCAUCUACCGACCAGGAGAGUACGACGGCGUUGAUCCCCGCAACCCACAACACAGGGGGCUCCCUGCCUGACCUGACCAACAUCCACUUUCCAUCCCCGCUGCCGACCCCGCUGGAUCCCGAGGAGCCCCCAUUCCCCACACUCAGUGGCUCCAGCAGUACUGGCAACCUGGCAGGCAACCUGACCCACCUGGGCCUUGGUGGCGCCGGCCAGGGGGUGAGCACACCGGGCUCGUCUCCGCAACACCGACCAGCUGGAGUCAGCCCCCUGGCCCUGGGCACAGAGGCAAGGCGGCAGCAGGCCCAGCAGGUGUCGCCCAUCACACAGGCGGUGGCCAUGGAUGCCCUGUCGCUGGAGCAACAGCUGCCCUACGCCUUCUUCACCCAGGCGGGCUCCCAACAGCCUCCACCCCCACAGCCCCAGCCUGCGCCACCCCCGCCUCCUGCCUCCCAGCAGCCGCAGCCCCCGCAGGUGCCCCUUGGCCUCCCCCCUGGUGGCCCUCUGAUGCCUAGUGCCAGCCUGACACGGGGGCCACAGCUGCCCCCACUUGCGGUCACCAUGCCAUCCUCUCUCCCUCAGUCCCCCCCAGAGAAUCCUGGCCAGCCAUCGAUGGGGAUCGACAUUACCGCGGCGCCAGCUCUGCAGCAGUACCGCACCAGCGCUGGUUCCCCGGCUAACCAGUCUCCCACCUCGCCGGUCUCCAAUCAAGGCUUUUCUCCAGGGAGCUCUCCGCAACACUCUUCCACCCUGGGCAGCGUGUUUGGGGACGUGUACUAUGAGCAGCAGAUGGCGGCCAGGCAGGCUAAUGCUCUGUCCCACCAGCUGGAGCAGUUCAACAUGGUGGAAAAUGCUAUGAGCCCCAGCGGCCUAUACAGCCCGAACUCCACGCUCAACUACUCGCAGGUGGCCAUGAUGGGGCUGGCGGGCAGCCCUGGGAGCCUGCAGGACGCACAGCAGCUGGGCUACGCCGGCCACAGCGCUAUCCCAAACAUCAUCCUCACAGUGACAGGAGAGUCACCCCCAAGUCUCUCCAAAGAACUGACCAGUUCUCUGGCUGGGGUCAGCGACGUCGGUUUUGACCCCGACAGCCAGUUCCCCCUGGACGAACUCAAGAUCGACCCCCUGACCCUUGACGGACUGCACAUGCUCAACGACCCUGACAUGGUCCUGGCCGACCCGGCCACUGAGGACACCUUCCGGAUGGAUCGACUGUGAGUGACCACACCCAGCACCCAGCCACCACCACCACCGGCAUCUCCCAGAGCCUGGGGACAGCCGCCUCCAUCCCUCGCCAACGGCCAAGCGUGUGGUUCUGAGCUUGCAAUGCCGCUGAGCGCCCCUACCAGCCCGCCUCCUGGUUGUCCACCUCCUGCUGCUGCCCGGUGCCCAAGCCAGGCUGGGAUGGUCCCUGCGCUCAACCCCAGGUGCCCCUUGUAAGAUGCCAACCGUGUGGGAGCCGGUCAGUGCAGGUGGGGUGUCUGGGCAGAGGUGCGUUUUCCGACUGUUGUUCAGCUCUCACUGCCUUCCUCGGUCCCUGGUCCCCACACCCGCGCGCCGUCUGCCCCGGCCCAGGCCAGGUAUCCAGUGGGGAGUGGGGGUGGGUGAGGAGUGAAAUAAACACUAUCUUGAUGGCGAGUCUUUCUGUGGCAGAGCGUGCAGUGCAGGAGGUUGUGCUCAGCAGCGGUGCCCCCCACUGUCUUCACCCUGGCCCCCAAGCCAGGUCUUUCUGGGGCCACCUUCAUCCGGGCCCAGGCCCUAGAGGGGUUCCCGGGCCACCAUGAGGCAGGGGUCAUCCCUGUCCUGCUCGUGGCAGACGUGCUAGAUGAGUGCAGUUUAUUCAAGGGGUGGGAUGCUCGCUGUAGGCCUUCCUUCUUCUCUGGUUUGUAGUUACAUGUGGGUUGUAGACGAGUAGCUGAACCCUUCCAGCCAGCGCCUGCCUGAGAGCAUGUCUUUCUACUCCCGAGCUCCCCCACUGCCCAUCUCUGAAGCUAACUGGAAAUGCAGGUGCACGGCCACCCCAGCGCCCAGGCCCCUCCAUGUCCCGACCUUUUUCGUUUCAUUCCCAAGUUCCUUAAAAAUGAAAGAGCUGCUUCCUUCCAGGCUGGUGGGGACAAGCAUGGACUUUGUCAAGACCCUUGGUGGCCCAGGCCCUUCAUUACUGAGGCCAUGUGGCAGACUUCUGGGGAGUGGCCUUGGCUUUAUUGUGUACCCCACCCCUCGGGUGCCCCGCAGACCCCAGGUCGGGCGCCUUAAACCGCCUUGACCACCAGCAGCACCCAGGGCCGGGUGUCGGGGCUGGCAGGAAGGAUGAACCGCAGGAGCCAGAAAGGGCUGCGCUUCCUUCCACACCUGCUCUCACAGCCCAGCCUGUCCCUGCAGUCGGGCAGCUGUCCCUAGGCCGCAUGCUCUGGCCUCUAUGCCAGGAUGAGCUAGAGGUGGGGGUUGAGGGGCCUGCAUUUCUGUGGCAGCUGGUCAGGUACUGAAGCAGGGCCUUUCCAUAGAGGCCAGGGUGAGAAGGGGCCGGUGACACAGGCAUGGCUUCUGCCGGAGUUCUGGCCUUCUGCCCAGUUGGCCCCUGCUGCUCCGGCAGCCCCGCCCCACCAGGCACCCCUCCUGCUGGCAUAUUUCUUUGUGGUGUCAAAGCCACCCCUCUGCGGGGCCGUGGGAACCCUUGUCCCAGUGCCACGAGCACCUGCCGGCGCCGCUGGCAUGAGAAAGUCACCCCUGAGCCACUGUUGCGCCUCGUCCCCUCCCCACCCUCCCAGGUCUCAGGCCCAGUCUGACUGCAGGUUAAACUGCGAGCAAAGAGUGGGGACUUUGUCUUUUAUAAAAGAAAAACUACAUGUACAUAGUGUUUGGUUACCAUUAGACCUGUAUGUAGAACUUUUUAAAAAAUGGCCUUAAUAAAAUGACAUGCAACCCA